AUGUCGAGCCUCACGAGUUGGUUGAAACCUUUCAACUGCAUCGAUUCGUGCGCAGUUCCAUCUGCCGACCAGAACUUUGGAGUUGGAAUUAACUUUCGCAGCACCUCAGAUGGCAGGCUGCUCGUUGCGUCCUUCUCUCCUGAGAGUGAAGGGCAGUGCUGCUCGAAACUCAAGUACGGGGACGAACUCUACAAGAUCGACAAGACGCAAGUCCGAGGGGUCCCGCUGAGCAGGUUGCAAGUGCUGAUGAGGGGGCCCAAGGAUUCGGUGAUUCCUCUGACCUUCACGAGGAGCAUCAUGAAAGUUCCAGGAGACACUUCGUCGGAAGUCAUCGAGCUCAACCUCAUCCGGACUACUCGGCUGAACGCAGGGAAGAAAAAUCUCUCACCCUCUGCAGGGGCGGCAACUACAACGAUUCGAGCAGCAGACAACGAAGGGUCAGAGAAAGCUCAGCCCUCCCUGGUGUAA